AUGAGCAUGUUUAGCCGAUUAUUCCCCGAAACCAGCCAUCCCGUCAACGUCAUCCCAUUGGAUGCACUUUCCAAGCUGGCCAACAUGAGGGGCAGGCACAGAAGACGACCUGGAUCGCGGGGCACCUGGUGCUUCUCUCACUUCAAGAACGUGUCGGCAGUCGCUCUAUGCCUAGAGGGCCAGGGCCCUGAUCUAUCGUAUACAAGCCUUCGGGGCGUGUGCUUGGUCAUGGAGGCGAAGAAGGUGUUUGAAAAUGUCCAGGGCAUCAGCGGCGGCCUCACUUCUACUGGGACACUCAGGGACUUUACUUUUGUCACGUUCAACUUCCAGGAUGAUAAACUAGCGCGUGAGGCUUUCGAGUUCAUCCGCGCUCGUACUUGCAAGCUCGGUACUGUAGAAAAGCUAUAUGCCUUCAGCUAUAAGCCCCUGAAGGUUGAAGAGGGUAUCAAUGGCUGGGAGCUGUAUGACGCCAGGGCCGAAUUUCGUCGUCAAGGCAUUAGUGAAAAGUCUACUGAGAAAGGCUGGAGGGUUUCAACCAUUAACCAGGAUUAUAAAUUUUGCGACACCUAUCCAGCGCUCUUAGUCGUCCCCUCGUCAAUUUCCGAUCUCACUCUCAAGUACGCCAAGGAGUUCCGAUCCAGAUACCGCAUACCGGCGUUAUCAUACCUCCAUCCUGUGAAUGGCUGUACCAUCCUCCGAAGCUCACAACCCCACGCUGGGAUAACUCGCAAGACCAAUACGCAAGAUGAAAAGCUCGUGUGUGCUGCUUUUGCUUCCAAUAUGCGUGGUGGUGUGACAGCCGACAUGUCCCCACCGAGGCUUGUUAGCGAGCCAAGCACCGUCUCAGAGACACCAACAGAUGGUAGAAAGCGUCUUAUAUAUGGCGCGCAGCAGAGCAACCUAAUCGUCGAUGCACGCCCUACUAUAAAUGCCAUCUUCAACCAAAUGCAAGGACUCGGUUCCGAGAAUAUGGAGGGCUACAAAAACUCACAGAAAGUUUUUCUCAACAUUGAUAACAUCCACGUCAUGCGUUCAUCCCUUAACCAAGUAAUUGAAGCGAUCAAAGACGCCGAUAUCUCGGCACUACCUCCGAAUAGAGAUCUCCUUGCGAAAAGUGGAUGGAUCAGGCACAUCUUCCAUGUUCUCUCGGGCUCCAUACAGGUCGCGAAGCAGGUGGGGAUCAAUCACUCGCACGUCUUGAUCCAUUGCUCAGAUGGCUGGGAUCGCACAAGUCAACUCAGCGCCCUCGCGCAGAUCAUGCUUGACCCCUAUUAUCGCACCCUUGAAGGCUUUGUCGUUCUGGUGGAAAAGGACUGGCUCUCGUUUGGGCACAUGUUCAGGCUCCGUUCGGGACACUUAAACCAUGAGGAUUGGUUUGCGGUACAGCGAGAUGCCCUUGCCGGGUCUACCGUUCAGCCAGGCGAGAACGAUGGUAGGGGUGAUGCUCUCCAGAAUGCCCUAGAGGGCGCUCGUCGGCUAUUUGGCCAAGUUAAGCCCGAUCCUCAGCUCGAAGCUAUGACGGAGGCAGCGCCCGGCGAGGUGGUGGAAAGUGAGAUGACGACCAAGAAAAUGGUUAGCCCUGUUUUCCACCAGUUCCUCGAUUGUGUUUACCAAAUUCAGCGGCAAUACCCGGAUCGCUUUGAGUUCAAUGAGCGUUUCCUCCGAAGGCUCUUAUAUCACCUCUACUCAUGCCAGUAUGGGACAUUCCUCUAUAACUCCGAGAAGCAGCGCCAUGAUGCCAAAGCCAAGAGCCGGACUUCUUCCGUAUGGGAUUAUUUCCUUUCACGAAGACCCGAGUUCACCAAUCCGGACUUCACUUCUGCCAUCGAUGACCACGUUAAAGGCCCCAGUCAGCUCUCGACCCAAUUGAGCCCCCGGGAAUCUUUGACUGCCGAGGCCGCCAUCCCCGCGCUCCACCGAAGCGCAAGCGCCGAUGCACCGGGCCCCUUUUCUACUAUUCGUGACGGCAUUGCCGGUCUCAAACUCCUUAAUCCUCUGGGACGAGCUAGCGAGCCGUCAAACACGCCAGGACCAACGCAGCGCGAGCAGGAGAUGCGGGAGAUGACGUAG